AUGAAUCAAAAUUAACAAUUAGAAUUGAGUAAAGAGAAAGUCCCUUUAUUCAAAUUCAUUCUCAUUGGAGAUUAAUCUGUUGGAAAAAGCUGUAUUGUGUAACGCUAUCAAAAUGAGGAGUUUAAGCAUAACAUAAAGGCAACAAUAGGGGUGGAAUUCAUCAAAAAAUUGGUUUAGGUUGAUAAAGGUUUGGUGGAACUCUAAAUAUGGGAUACAGCUGGUUAGGAAUAAUUUCGUAGCGUGAUUAGAGGAUUUUAUCGUGGAUCGGCCCGCCGUCUUCAUUGUAUAUAGUGUCAACUAAAAAGAAUCAUUUGA